ACGAUAGCUGGCACAGAAAAGGAAAUGUAUGAAGACAGAAUCAGCAGCUAACCCUCUUCUCUCCUCAGAUUCCCAACACUCGGUACUCAGCUCAGUUCAGCUCAGUUUUUAGUAAUGAAGAAAAUCUCUGUCUUGAGUUUUCUGUGCUUGUUCCUCGGUUUUCAUAGCCAGAGGGUAUCAUCACAAGAACAUGCUAGCACCCCACCCAGAGGUUGGAAUUCGUACGACUCCUUUUGUUGGACUAUUUCCGAGGAAGAGUACUUGGCAAGUGCUGAUGUCAUAGCUAAGCAGCUACUUCCACAUGGAUAUGAGUAUGCUGUUGUGGAUUACCUGUGGUAUAGGAGAAAGGUUCCAGGCGCUUAUGUUGAUUCUCUUGGAUUUGAUGUAAUCGAUAAAUGGGGGAGGCCUAUACCUGACCCAGGUAGGUGGCCUUCCUCCAAAGGUGGGAAUGGGUUCACUGAAGUGGCAUCAAAAGUACAUCAGAUGGGUUUAAAGUUUGGGAUUCAUCUCAUGAGAGGAAUUAGUACUCAGGCAGUAAAUGCGAAUACCCCUAUCUUCGAUGUCACCACGGGGACUGCUUAUAAAGAGUCUGGAAGAAUAUGGACUGCAAAAGACAUAGCGAUCACAGCACGGCGUUGCGCCUGGAUGCAAAAUGGUUUCAUGAGUGUGAAUACUACAUUGGGUGCUGGGAAAGCCUUCUUAAAAUCUCUCUAUGUACAGUAUGACGAGUGGGGUGUUGAUUUUGUGAAAAAUGAUUGUGUGUUUGGUGAAGACAUAGAUGUUGGUGAAAUAACCGUUGUGUCGGAGGUUCUAAAGCAAUUUGACCAUCCUGUGGUGUAUUCUCUCUCGCCUGGAACCCAAGUAACACCUGCUCUGGCCAAAGGUCUAACUGGUAUAGUCAAUAUGUACCGUAUAACAGGGGAUGAUUGGGACACAUGGGGCGAUGUAGCAGCCCAUUUUGAUGUUACCAGGGAUUUUGCUGCUGCGAAUUUGAUAGGAACAAACGGCUUGCUGGGAAAAUCAUGGCCUGACUUAGAUAUGCUUCCCCUGGGAUGGCUUACCGAUCCAGGUUCGAAUGAUGGUCCACACAGACAAACGAAACUCACUUUAGACGAGCAAAGAACUCAGAUGACUUUGUGGUCUAUUGCCAAAUCUCCUCUCAUGUUUGGAGGGGAUGUGAGAAAGCUUGAUGCUGCCACAACUAGUCUCCUCACAAAUCCUACCUUGCUGGAGAUUAAUUCGUUUAGCUCCAACAAUAAGGAGUUUCCAUUGAUUUCAGAUGAGAAAGCAAUUGGGUGGUCCACUAAAGCUCUUGACCAAGAUCUUGAACACAUCUGCUGGAAAGAACACUCGAGAAAGAAAUACCAGACACCUUUUUGCUUAAACAAGAGAGAAUCUCUUUUGGCAGUAGAAGAAGACAUAAUGUACAAACAGCAAUACCAGGGGAAGGUCAAUUUGUUAGCUAGUGACAAGGAGGACAUGUGCUUGCAUGGUUCUCCGAAAAGAAAGCUCACAUCAAAAGAGCUCAAGAGAGGUUUCUUUUCACCUUGCGGAUGGGAUGCAAAUCAGAUGUGGGAGUUGAACCCCAAUGGAACCUUGUCAAAUAGCUAUUCGGGCCUAUGUGCGACAGUAAAUUCUGUUAAAGGUAAAGCCAAUUCUGUAGGAGUUCGUGCUUGGAUCGCCACAGGAAGAAAUGGAGAAAUAUAUGUAGCCUUUUUCAAUCUGAACUCAGCAAAAACUACCAUAACUGCACAAAAAUCAGACCUGGCGAAAGCACUUCCAGGCUCGAGAGUAAGUGCAGGUCCCUGCAAAGCCACAGAAGUAUGGAGCGGACAAGACUUGGGGAUUAUAGACCAGGCCAUAUCAUUUGGUGUAGAAACUCAUGGGACUGCCCUAUUUGUCCUACAUUGUGGUUAGUAGAGGAUAAAACCUAUUAGGAUUAGGCAGAUGCAUGUAAGAAUGAGAAAUGAAAAUAAAAACUUUGUUUUAGCUUCACCAAAUUGAAAUCUUAUAGUGUAUGUUUUAGACAUGUCUCGCCUACUAAUCACAUCUCUAAAUAUUAAGAGAAACUUUAAAUAC